ACGCGCACGGAUUAACCAAGAGAGAGAGAGAGAGAGAGAGAGAGAGAGAGAGAGAGAGAGAGAGAGAGAGAGAGAGAGAGACUGACUGCUCUAUACUAACUCAUCAGAUUAAUUAAUACUACACUAUGCUGACAGACUUUUGACGGACUUUACUGCACAGGAUUGGUUUAAAUGCGUGUUUAAUUUCCUCCUCCAAGUGUCAAAGCUGAAAGUGUCCUUGCAAAGAGAGAGAGAGUAAAAUAAGAGAAGUCCGGGAGGAUGCUGUCGCGGAGCUCGUGCUGCUGCUGCUGCUGGCUGCUCGCGGUGCUGCUGAGCCACGCUGGAGUCAAAGCGACCAACCACAACAAGAGCAACAACUCCAUCAAAACGGCGCCGCUCGGAGAAGCGCCCACACCCGCCGCCGCCGCCGCCGCCGCAGCUGCUGCGCCAACGCACCCGGGAAGCGCCGCUCACGUGCCGGCGAAAAAGGCCAACGUUCCCGUACAGGUGUACAGCAUUGAGAGUCAGUGCAGCAGCGAUAAGGACUGUGCGGUCAGUAGUUACUGUCACAGCUCGCAGCACGCUCCGUCACGAUGCGUCACCUGCCGCCGGAAGAAGAAGCGAUGCCACAGAGAUGCCAUGUGCUGCCCUGGGAACCGCUGCAGCAACUUUAUCUGCGUCCCAUUUCCCGAGAACCUCAAGACUCACCACAUCCCACCUGUAAAGGAGCACAAAAAGCUAAGCAAAGACAAAGGCUGGAAGAAGAGCAAGGUCUCCCUCAAAGGUCAUGAGGGCGACCCUUGUCUGCGUUCCUCAGACUGUUCAGAGGGUUACUGCUGUGCCCGCCACUUCUGGACAAAGAUAUGCAAGCCGGUGCUGCGCCAAGGCGAAGUGUGCACCAAGCAACGCAAGAAAGGCACGCACAACUUGGAGAUCUUUCAGCGCUGCGACUGUGCCAAAGGCCUGGCGUGCAAAGUGUGGAAGGAUGCCACGUCCUACUCGAAGUCCAGACUGCACGUGUGCCAGCGGACCUGAGAGGAGUGAAGGAGUGUCAGUGAAUGUGGUAACUGCCCCAGAAGGCCCUUUGUUCCCUCCAGGGAGCGAGGUGGAGAGGACUCCCUCUUCCCAGGACUCAGAAAUAUGUGAAGGGGAAUUAUGGAUAAGCGAGAGGAGAUUACAGUGAGACAGAGAUUCAUCUGGGCCAGUGUGUGUGUGUGUGUGUGUGUGUGUGUGUGUGUGUGUGUGUGUGUGUGGGUUUGUAAUGGAUGAUUGACGUUCACUAUCGCUCAUUGAGGGUCAUGAUUAGAUACAGCUUUGGCUCGUUUUUACCAAGCGUCUUUUCGUGAUACUUUUUAUUUUUGCUGCACAUGUUUUGAAGAGAUUUAUUUGAAAGCCAUAGCCUUAACAACAGGUAAUGAGGUAAGGAAAUAAUUUCACUGUCAGUAGGAAUUUAGGCUUGACAGCAAUCUAAAGCAGGACUGAGUUAUCCAGUGAUGAGAAGCACACAUAUUUCAUACACAUUCUGCCAGGCUUCAGGAUAAUCUAUCAGAAAUAACCACUAUGUUCCAUGGAUUCCGCAAAAAAAAAAAACAUAAUCUCUUACUGUUCUGUACACUUAAGUAUAUAACCACAUGUUCGUGUCUGUUAAGUCUACCACAUCUCAUUUCAAGCUUAUUACUUUUUUUUAUAAGCACUCAUUUUUUAUACUGUUAAAAAAGAAAUAAAUAGUGCACUGUCACUUAGUCUCAGCAUCGUUGAAUAUGCAGAAUGAAACCAUGCUUCACUGCUGUUUACUGAUUUAGGGCUGUAUUCAUUGUUGAUGACUUAAGUCUACAAGUUCCAUUAAUAUUUUGGUGCAGAGAUAUGCUAUAAAAUAGCACUUGAUCCUAUUAUUUAUUACUAUAGUGCUCAACAACAACAUCACUUAGCCUGAACACCAUCAUUAUGUGUGUACAGGAUAUCGGAUAUUUUAUCAUGCAAUUUUGAUUUGUUUAAUAAAAUUAAUCAAAUAAAGGCAACGUCAUUCAAGGCUUCUCGAAUGUAAAGAAAACAUGCCGAUGCUUUAAAGAAUAAGCUGGCCUGGUAUUCGUCCGCUACACAUCCACCUCACUUUAAGCUAAUUAUUAACUUCAUACUUAAAGACUUUAUAUAUAGAAGCCUUUAUUUAGUCACAUUUACAGUACAGUGAAAAGCUUUCUUUGCAUAUCCCAACUUUCGAAGUUGGGGUCAGAGCGUGGGGUCAGACAUUAUACAGCGCCGCUUAAACAGAGAGGGUUAAGGGCCUUGCUCAAGGGCCCAACAGUGUCAGCUUGGCAGUGCAGGGGCUUAAACCCUGAUCAACAACCCAGAGCCUUAACUACUUGAGCCACCACUGCCACUGUCACUGCCUUAUUAUUACAUUUAAAGGGAUGCUACUUUAAUACUGUCAAAUUCAUGAAUCUAUGGCCACGUUCACACUGCAGGUAAAAGUGGCCCAUAUCUGAUUUUUUUUGGGGUCAAGUGACCAGGUCAGACUUCUUCAGGAGUAGUGUGAACACUCAAAUCUGGCCCAGAUCUGAUUUUUUUCAA